UGGCUCCAUACAUUGAUCGUACAAAUCUUAAGAAUAUUGUGAUACGUUCUGGUCAGACAGUGAGGUUUGAUGUGGAUGUUAAGGGUGAACCUCCACCGACCAUUGCCUGGCUACAUAGUGAACAACCAAUCCAGCCAUCGGACCAUUUAAAAAUAGAGACAGAAGAUUACCACACUUUGUUUGUUCUUUCUAAAGCUAAAAGAAAAGAUACUGGAAAAUAUACAAUCACAGCAAAUAAUGAUUCAGGAAAGGAUGAAGUAACUGUGGAAGUCACAGUAUUGAGUAAACCUAGUAAGCCAAAGGGACCACUUGAAGUAUCUGAUGUACAUGCUGAAGGUUGUAAACUGAAAUGGGAGAAACCUGAAGAUGAUGGUGGAGAGCCAAUUCAGCAGUAUGCUAUUGAGAAGAUGGACACAGAAACUGGACGUUGGGUGCCUGUUAUGACAACAAAAGAACCAGAAGCAGAGAUUACUGGUUUAGUACCUGGGAAAGAAUACAAGUUUAGGGUAAAAGCUGUGAAUCCUGAAGGAGAAUCUGAACCUCUAGAGACGGAAAAAGCAACUCUAGCAAAAAAUCCAUUUGAUGAGCCAGGAAAACCAGGAAAGCCUUCUGCUAAAAACUGGGACAAACAUUUUGUGGAUUUGACUUGGGAGCCUCCCAAAAAUGAUGGUGGUGCUCCUAUCACUAGUUAUAUUAUAGAAAAGAAGGAUAAAUACAGUACUAAGUGGCAGAAGGUAUCAGAAAUCAUUGGAGAAAAAUGUGAAGCUCGUGCACCUGAUCUUAUUGAAAACAUGGAGUAUCAGUUCAGGGUUCGAGCUGUUAAUAAAGCUGGACCUGGUAACCCUAGUGAUCCAUCAGAUUUUGUUACUGCAAAGCCUCGAUUUUUGGCUCCUAAAAUUGAAAAAAUGCGAGAUGUUAAGAUUCAUGCUGGACAGACAGUUAAGUUCAAUGUCAAGGUUAUUGGGGAACCAUUGCCUAAAAAGACUUGGUGUUUUGGUGAGACCAUAUUGAAGUCAGAUGGCAACAUUACAAUUGACACUGAUUCAGAGAAAGCCUUCUUGACUAUCAGUAAUGCUCAGCGCAAAGAUUCAGGAUGCUAUAGCUUGAAAGCUGAAAAUUCUUCAGGAAAAGAUGAGGCCACUGCUGAAGUAACAGUUAUAGAUAAACCAUCAACUCCAGAAGGUCCUUUGGAAAUAUCUGAUGUCCAUGCAGAAGGUUGUAAGCUGAAGUGGAAACCACCAAAAGAUGAUGGUGGAGAACCAUUAGAUCAUUAUGUGGUAGAGAAAAUGGACACUGAAUCUGGACGUUGGUUACCAGUUGGUCGUACUAGUAAACCAGAAAUGGAAGUUAGUAACUUAACACCAGGACAAGAAUAUAAAUUCAGAGUCAGAGCUGUUAACCCUGAAGGAGAAUCUGAACCUCUGAUGGCAGCAAAAUCAAUUAUUGCUAAAGAUCCAUAUGACCCACCAGGUCAACCCGGAACACCUGAAGUUAAGGAUUGGGAUAAAGAUCAUGUGGAUCUGAAGUGGACUCCACCAGUCAAAGAUGGUGGUGCACCAAUUAAAGGUUAUGUCAUUGAAAGGAAAGAGAAAUUUGAUACUCGCUGGAUAAAAGCAGCAACAAUUGAUGGCAAUGUUUGUGAGGGUCGUGUCCCAGAUCUGAUAACUGGUGAUACUUACCAGUUCCGAGUUCGGGCUGUUAAUGCUGCAGGGCCUGGUGAGCCAAGUGAAGCCACAAAACCAGUUGUUGCCAAGCCUAGAAAAUUGCCUCCUAGAAUUGAACGUCGUUCUUUGAGACCAAUCACUGUUAAGGCUGGCCAGCCCUUUGACUUUGAUGUGAAGAUUAUUGGAGAACCUCCCCCAACUGUAACUUGGAAACUAAAGGACAAGCCUGUGACAGAAGGACCAAAUAUGACAAUUACAAAUGUCCCAUAUAACAGUAAGCUGGUCUGUGACAAAUCCCUAAGGAAGGACUCUGGAAUCUAUCAUAUAAUAGCAGUUAACCAGUAUGGCCAAGAUGAAGCUGAAGUGGAAGUAACAGUAUUGGCUAAACCAAGUAAGCCAGAAGGGCCCUUGGAAGUCAGUGACAUUCACAAGAAUGGAUGUAAAUUAAAAUGGAACAAGCCGAAAGAUGAUGGAGGUGAACCCAUCGAUCACUAUUUGAUAGAAAAGCUUGACCCAGAAACUGGGUCCUGGGUACCUGUGGGUAAGAGCCAUGUUCCUGAGAUGGAAGUGACAGGGCUAACACCAGGAAAACCUCACCAGUUUCGAGUAAAAGCUGUCAACAAGGAGGGAGUAUCAGAACCAUUGGAGACAAUCUCUCCUAUUGUUCCCAAAGAUCCUUAUAAUCCUCCUGGAGAACCAGGGUGUCCUGAAGCAACAGAUUGGAACAAAGACCAUGUUGAUCUGAAGUGGAAGCCUCCGGAUAAGGAUGGUGGUGCUCCCAUUUCUCGUUAUAUCAUUGAAAAGAAAAAGAAAGGCAGCCCUACAUGGGAGAAAGCUGCUGAAGUACCAGGAGAUCAAUGUAAAGGAACUGCUCCUUUCCUGGAAGAAGGAAAAGAGUACGAGUUCCGUGUGAUUGCAGUUAAUAAGGCUGGACCUGGAGAGCCUAGUAAAGCUUCAAAACCAGUUAUUGCAAAACCUCGCUUGUUGGCUCCAAGCAUUGACCGAAAAAAUUUGAAAGAUAUGACAAUUAAAGCAGGACUUCCAAUCAAAUUUGAUGUCAGUGUCUCUGGUGAGCCACCUCCAACAGUUUCUUGGAACCUGAAUGGUGAUAUUCUUAAACCUGAUAAUCAUAGAGAAAUUGAAAAUGUAGACUACAAUAGUAAGCUGACUGUUCGCCGUACUACUCGAGCUGACUGUGGAGAAUACACAAUUCUGGCUGUUAAUAGUUCAGGAAAAGAUUCUGCAGUUGUUAAGGUUACAAUUGUUGACAAACCAACUCCUCCUGAAGGACCUCUUGAAGUUUCUGAUGUUCAUAAAGAAGGCUGCAAGUUGAAGUGGAAACGACCUAAAGAUGAUGGUGGUGUGCCACUAGAAGGCUAUGAAGUAGAGAAGAUGGAUUCUGACUCUGGUGUCUGGGUUCCUGUUGGAAAGACGAAGGAACCAGGUAUGGAUGUAACGGGUCUUACACCAGGCAAGGACUACAAGUUCAGAGUUAGGGCUUUGAAUAAAGAAGGUGAAUCAGAGCCAUUAGAAACAGAAAAAGCCAUUACAGCAAAGAACCCGUAUGAUGAACCAAGUCAACCAGGAAAACCAGAAGUGACAGACUGGGACAAAGACCAUGUAGAUAUUAAGUGGACACCACCUGAAAAUGAUGGAGGAUCACCUAUUACUGGCUAUGUUGUAGAAAAGAAAGACAAGUUUGGUGACUGGGAGAAAGCACUGGAAGUUCCAGCAACUCAAACUAAUGCCACUGUUCCAGAUUUGAUGCAAGGUCAACCAUACGAGUUUCGUGUUCGUGCUGUUAAUAAGGCUGGUCCAGGUGUACCUAGUGAAGCAAGUGCUCCUGUUGUUACAAAACCAAGACGAUUGCCACCCAAGAUUGACCGAACUAGUCUUUACAAAGUUCGAAUCAAAGCAGGACAGUCCUUCAAUUUUGAUGUGAAUGUAGUCGGUGAGCCAGCACCAGAAGUGACUUGGAAACUACGAAACAGGAAUGUGACAUCCUCAGACCGUAUCAAAGUGAUAAAUGAACCAAAUAACACUAAACUCUCUGUACGUCAGGCUAGACGGGAAGACUGUGGAACUUACACUAUCACUGCAGUCAAUGAACAUGGAAAAGAUGAAGCUCAAGUAGAAGUAGUAGUCCUUGAUAAACCUUCUCCACCUGGUGGUCCAUUGAAAGUGGAUGAUGUUCAUGCUGAGGGUUGUACACUUAAAUGGAACCCACCAGCUGAUGAUGGAGGUACUCCUGUUGACCAUUACACUGUAGAAAAGAUGGAUCCCGAGACUGGAAAAUGGCUUCCUGUUGGGGAAACUCUAGGACCGGAAAAUUCUAUGAAAGUUAAAGGUCUCCAACCAGGGAAAAAAUACAAGUUCCGAGUCAGAGCUGCAAACAGACAGGGAGAAUCUGAACCUUUGGAAACUGAUAAAGCUAUUGAGGCCAAAAAUCCAUUUGAUGAACCAGGUAAACCAGGAACACCAGAAAUUGAAGAUUAUGAUAAAGACUUUGUGAAACUGAAGUGGAAACCUCCUACAGAGGAUGGUGGUUCUCCACUGACUGGAUAUGUUGUGGAGAAGAAAGACAAAUACAACUGUUCAUUUUCAUUACUAGAUGUCCCUGGUGCUCCUCAGAACAUGAAUAUAUCCAAUAUUACUAAAGAUAGUUGCCGGUUAACGUGGAAACCACCCAAAGAUGAUGGUGGAUGUGAUAUAUCACAUUACAUAGUUGAGAAGAAGGAUGUAGAAACUGGACGUUGGAUGCCAGUUGGAGAAACCAUUGAUACCAACAUACGAGCUGAUAAACUGAUAGAGAAUCAUGAUUAUACAUUUCGAGUGAAAGCUGUGAAUCGAGAGGGAGAGUCACCUUGGCUUAUUGGUAGAGAACCCAUUACUGCCAAAAACCCAUAUGAUCAACCUGACAAACCAACAGCACCAGAAGUGGUAGACUGGGACAAAGAUCACGUAGAUUUAGAGUGGCGGCCACCGAGACGUGACGGUGGGGCUCCCAUAACUGCUUAUGUUGUUGAAAAAAAAUCCAAACUAAGUCCUGUGUGGGAAGAAGCAUUGAGAGUUCCUGGUGAAGCAACAAAAGCAACUGUUCCUGACCUUAAAGAAGGAGAAGAAUAUGAAUUCCGUAUUGUUGCUGUGAACAAGGCUGGUCCAAGUGAACCAAGUGACCCAUCUCAAUCAGUGGUUGCAAAGCCACGAUAUUUGGCCCCGUCCUUAGACAAAGCAGCCUUACAUGACAUGAAGAUUCGUGUUGGCCGGCCUAUCAGUUACACAAUUCCUGUGCGAGGUGAACCUACACCUUCAGUUACCUGGCACAUUAAUGACAAGUCUGUUCUUGGAAAUCCACGUAUAGAACAGACUUUCACUGUUGGUCAAACCAUGCUCGACAUUCGCUCCUCCAUUCGGUCAGACAGUGGAAGGUACACUCUAAUACUGGAGAACUCUUCAGGGAAGACAAGUGCAUCAGCUACAGUUACUGUCAUGGAUCGACCCUCACCACCUGAAGGUCCACUUAACAUUUCCGAUGUCACUAGAAACUCUGCACAACUCAGCUGGAAGGUACCUAAAGAUGAUGGUGGAUCACCCAUCAAGCAUUAUGUUGUUGAAAAAAUGGAUGUAUCUCGUGGUACUUGGGUAGAAGUUGGCACCCCUACACAACUUACUUAUAAAGUUCCUAAACUGGUUCACAAAAAAACCUACGAAUUUAGGGUUCGUGCCGUCAAUGAAAUUUCUGAUUCUGAUCCUCUGGCUGGAGAUAAACCUAUUACAGCCAAAGAUCCAUGUGAACAACCAGGAGCUCCAGGGAAACCUAAGGUAACUGACUGGGACAAAGAUCAUGUGGAUCUUGAAUGGGCCCCACCCAAAGAUGAUGGUGGCUCCCCGAUUACAGGAUACAUUAUUCAAAAGAAAGAGCGUGGUACCCCUCUGUGGACCAAGGCGGCCGAGGUUCCAUCCUCGGCAACCAAAGCUACUGUUCCUGACCUUAUUGAAGGAAAUGACUAUGAAUUUCGUGUAAUUGCUAAGAACAAAGGUGGUGAUGGUGAACCUAGUGAGCCAUCUGAUCUGGUUACAGCUAAACCCAGAUUCUUGGCUCCGAAGAUUUUGACUCCGAUGACAGAGGUAAAAGUAAAGGUUGGCCGUACCCUUCACUCAGAAAUCAAGUUUAUUGGUCAGCCAGCUCCUGAAGUUCUUUGGAUGCAGAAUGGAAAGAAGCUAACAUCUGAUGAUAGGAUUACCAUUUCUGCUUUUGAUGACUACACUGUUGUCAAUGUAGUAGAUGCCAAGCGAUCCGACAGUGGACCUUAUGUUCUAACUGUUACAAAUGACAGUGGAAAAGAUAGUGGCACAUUAACUGUCAUAAUUCUUGAUAAACCAUUAGCACCUGAAGGUCCUCUCAAUGUUGAUGAGGUUGAUAAGGAUCAUGUAGUUUUAUCGUGGAAACCACCUAAAGAUGUUGGAGGCAGUGAUUUAACUGGUUACAUUGUGGAGAAGCGGGACAAAACACGAGAUGGGACCUGGGUUCCUGCUGUGCUUCAUGUUCCACCUAACUCCACGAAAUGUACCGUUCCCAAAUUAAUGGAAGGCACAGCGUAUGAGUUCCGUGUAAUGGCAGAAAACCCUCAGGGAGUGUCUGAACCACUGACCACCACCAAGCCUAUCACUGCCAAAAGUCCUUAUGGUGUACCAGGCACACCAGGCCAACCUCAGCCAGUGGAUCAUGACCGAGACUUUAUCAAAAUUAAGUGGACUCCUCCAAGAUCCGAUGGUGGCUCUCCUAUCCAAGGCUAUGACAUUGAAAGGAGGGACACUAAAGCUAACAGAUGGGUACGAAUUACUAAAACACCAGUUAGGGGAACAGAAUAUAAUGAUGAUACAGUGACUGAUGGACAUCAGUAUGAGUACAGAGUCAUAGCAAAGAAUGCAGCUGGUCCUAGUGAACCAAGUCAGGCUUCCAAACCUAUUGCUGCAAAGCCUAUGAAAGAGAAACCAAAACUGCAUCUGGAUAGUGGCCGUAAUAUUCGGGUCAGAGCAGGGGAACCAUUGAAUGUCAGUAUACCCAUGACUGGAGCCCCAGAACCAGCUGUAAAAUGGACCAUUAAUGACAAGCCAAUACCAGUAACUAAUCGCAUCAUAACAGAAAGUGGUGAUGAGAAUGUGAGCCUAAGUAUUCCUGUUUCUCAGAGAGGUGACAGUGGCAAAUAUACUAUUACUGCUAAAAACCCAUAUGGUGAAGACUCAGCUGAUAUAAAUGUACUUGUAUAUGACAAACCAAGCUCACCACGUGGACCACUUGAAUAUCCUUCCACUACAAACUCUAGUGUAACUCUGCAAUGGAAAUCCCCAGAAGAUGAUGGUGGCUCUGCAAUUACUGGAUACCAGAUUGAGAAAUGUGAAUUUGGCAGUGAUAGAUGGCUUCCAGUACCAGGGUACUGCCCCACCACAACCUAUACUGUUAGAAACUUGGAAGAAGGAAAGCAAUACAAGUUCAGAGUGUCUGCAGAAAACAUGUAUGGCGUCAGUGAACCUCUGGAGGGAAAACCUGUUACUGUCAAAAACCCAUUUGAUACUCCUGAUGCACCAAGUCAACCAAAGGUUACUGACUUUGGUCCAUCCUUUGCAGACAUAACAUGGAAGCCACCUACUAAUGAUGGCGGACGACCAGUUACUGGUUAUAUUGUUGAGAAGAGAGAAAAAGGUUCACCUGAAUGGACUCCAGUCAAUACACACCCUACUCCAAGUACAGAUUUUACUGUACCUAACUUAACAGAAGGGCAAACUUAUGAGUUCAGGAUUGUACCUGUUAAUGAAGGAGGUCGAGGCAAGCCCAGUAGACCCAGCCAACCUGUUACAGCUCAGGAAAGAAAAUAUGUUGCAGAUGCUCCAGAUAUGCCUCGUGUGGAUAAAGUCACAAAGAAUUCUGUAACUCUCGCCUGGAAAAAGCCAGCUAAUGAUGGAGGGAGUAAGAUAAAAGGAUAUCUUGUAGAAAAGAAGCCUAAGGGUGCCAAAGACUGGGAUAUUGUUAACACAAUCCCACAUCCUGACACCACAUACACUGUACCAAAUUUGACAGAAGGUCAAGAAUACGAGUUCCGUGUAAUAGCAGUCAAUGAUGUAGGAGACAGUCCACCAAGCCAUCCUUGUCCAAUGGUAUUAGUAGAAGACCAACCAGACAAACCACGAAUUGAUGCAGGAAAUGUCAGAGAUAUUGUCAUCAAAGCAGGCCAAGAGUUUAACAUCAAUGUUCCAUUCAGUGGUUUCCCAAAACCCACUGCCACCUGGUCUAAAAAUGACUUUGAAGUUAAUGAAAAGGAUCCCAGGAUUUUCAAUAAGGUGGGAGAUGACUAUGCUGUUCUAGCUUUGUCAGAUGCCAAGCGAUCAGAUUCUGGACAGUACAAAUUGUUCUUGAAAAAUAAGUCAGGAUUUGACACUGCUUAUUGUAAAGUCACUGUUCUUGAUCAUCCUGGACCUCCAGAAAAUCUCAGAGGUGAAGACAUUGAAGGAGAAUCCCUAACGUUGAAAUGGCUUCCACCAAAAGAUAAUGGUGGCUCUGAAAUAACGAACUAUAUGGUUGAGAAGAAAGAAGUUGGGGCCACUGCUUGGACAAGAGUUAGUAGUUAUGUGACAACCACAGCCUGUAGAGUAAGAAACCUUAUGGUAGGCCACAAGUAUGACUUCCGAGUCAUGGCUGAAAACCAGUAUGGAACCAGUGACCCAGCCGUCACGAGUGAGCCCAUCAUGGCAAAACUACCUUUCAAUCCACCAAGUGCUCCAGGUAUUCCUCGCUUUGUUGAAUCAUCUGAAGAUUCCAUUACUUUAUCAUGGACCAAACCUCGUAAUGAUGGUGGAAGUCCCGUCACUGGAUACAUCCUCGAGAAACGUAAGGCUGGUGAUGAAAACUGGACUAGAGCAUCAAUGGCUGUUAUACCUGACCUUACUUACCGAGUUAGUGGGCUUAAGGAGAACUGUGACUAUGAGUUCCGUGUGUGUGCAGUAAAUGAAGCAGGACCUGGUCCCUACAGUUCAGCAUCUGAUAGUAUUAAAGCACGGGCACCACCUGCUGCUCCUAUGAUUGAUGCCAGUUUUGCUAUGCGUGAUAUUGUUGUGCCAGCUGGACAAGAGUUUAACAUCAGAGUUCCAUAUUCAGGCAACCCAACACCACAUGCAUCAUGGACAAUUAAUGGCAAAGACUUGCUUCCCGAUAAUCGGGUCUACUCUGAAGUCAAUGUAGCUUUCACUGUCCUCACUAACAAAUGUGCUAAGAGAGAGGAUUCUGGGAAGUAUACUCUUAAACUGGCUAAUGGUGUAGGCUCAGACUCUGCUUCUUGUAAGGUGUUAGUUGUGGACAAACCAGGACCACCUCAAGGACCUUUGCAAGUUACUGAUAUAACACCAGAGACUUGUUCAUUGUCAUGGAGACCACCAUUGGAUGAUGGUGGAAGUCCUAUAUUGAACUAUGUUGUGGAAAAACAAGAUCCCACUACUAAGAUUUGGACCAAGUUAAGUGGGUUUGUUCGAGGGUGUCAUUAUGAUGUCAUGGGACUAGAGCCUAACAAGAAGUACAACUUCCGUGUCAGUGCUGAAAAUGAAUAUGGUACAGGACAACCUCUGGAGACAGAAAAAGCAAUCACAGCAAAAUUCCCAUUUGAUGUUCCAAAUCCUCCUGGAGCUCCCACUAUUGUGGAUUGGGAUGCACACAGUGUGAGUUUGGUAUGGGAACGACCAUCAAGUGAUGGAGGCUCAAAAAUCCAAGGUUAUAUUGUGGAAUACAGAGAUCCUUUGGAUGGUAACUGGAUCAAAGCAAACAAUUUUCUGGUCAAAGAUACAACUUUCACUGUGCCAGAUCUUCUAGAAAACCACGAGUACGAGUUCCGUGUGAAAGCUAAAAAUGCUGCUGGACUCAGCAAACCUAGUCAACCUACAGCUACCUUAAAACUCAGGCCCAAAUUUACUGCACCAUCUCCACCUGAAAACCUGAAGGUCACACGAGUUGGACGAAGCUAUGUAGAUCUGAAGUGGGACAAGCCACAGUCUGAUGGAGGCAGCAAGAUUACAGGAUACAUCGUUGAGAAACGAGAAAAAGGCAGCUCUUUCUGGUUCAAAGCUAAUGAUUACAGUGUUAUUGACUGUGAGUACACAGUCUUGAACCUUACAGAGGGUAGUGAGUGUGACUUCAGAGUUUUUGCUGUGAAUGCUGCUGGUAAGAGUGAGCCUGUAAUGACAUCUGGACCGGUGAAAAUCCAAGAAUUUUCAGAUGGUGUUAAGCCAGAAUUUGUCAGAAAGCUUUUGAAUAAGAAUACCAAUCUUAACAAGUCUGUGACACUGGAAUGUGAAGCAAUUGGUAAACCACACCCUGUAGCUCAGUGGUUUAAGAAUGGACGAGAAAUUCAUCCAGGAGGACGUAUUAAAGCUCUAGAAAAAGAGGAUGGAGUUUAUAAGCUUCAAAUUACAGAAGUUUGGGACACAGAUGAUGGAGAUUACACGUGUGAAGUCAAUAACUCUCUAGGCUCAGACAGAUGUACUGCAAGACUUAAUGUAGCGGCUCCUCCAAAGAUUGAAAGAUGUCCUAAUGAAGUCUGCUUCCCUGAACAUGAUAAUGGAAAAGUGAAGAUUUUCUUCUCUGGAACUGGACCAUUUGAAGUGAAUUUGUUUAAGCAUGGACUGGAAGUGAAUGAGAAUGAACAUAUGAAAAUGACCAUUUUUGAUGAUUAUGUCAUCAUCUUUUUGAGAGAAGCCUUGAAGAAUGAUGAGGGCAAGUACAAGCUAACAGUAAGGAAUGAAAGUGGAGUGGCAGAUGCCAGUUUCUCUAUGAUUGUUACAGGUCUUCCUGGACCACCUGAAGGACCACUAGAGGUCUCUGAUAUCACACAGCAUACGGCAUCACUUUCCUGGCGACCACCAGCUCAUGAUGGUGGCUCCAAAAUCACACAUUAUGUUGUGGAGAGAAAGGAAACUAGUCAUAGUCAGUGGGUGAUAGCCACAAGCUACAGUAGGGAUACAAACUGUACAGUUCAAGGUUUAACAGAAGGUGGAGAAUACCUCUUCCGUGUAAUGGCUGUUAAUGAAAAUGGACAGGGUUUGCCACUAGAGGGUACUAAUCCAAUAAUUGCCAAAAAUCCAUUUGAUCCACCUUCUGCACCAGGAGUGCCAACUGUAACAGAGGUUGGUGGUGAUUUUGUAAAUCUUUCUUGGGAGAAACCUGAAUCAGAUGGUGGUGCCCGAAUACAGGGUUACUGGAUAGAUAAACGGGAACAUGGCACUCAGACGUGGCAGCGGGUUAACCAGUUCCUUUGCAUUACAACCCAAAUCAACAUCUCAAACUUGAUUGAAGAUAGACAGUAUGAAUUCCGUGUGUUUGCUGUGAAUGAAGCUGGCAUUAGUCCCCCAUCAGUAAACUCAUCUUCUGUUAAGAUCAAAGACCCAUUGACUUCAAGUCCACCAGAAUUUAUUGUCCCACUCCGGCAGAUUGUGGCUGUAGAAAACAAGAGUGCAGAAUUCGUUUGUAAAGUUACAGGCAACCCAAAACCACAAGUUACAUGGUACAAGGGAAUGAGAGAGCUGUUUGAAGGUGGUAAAUAUUCGAUGAUCCGUGAAGGUGACACCCAUACGUUGAUGAUCUCUGAAGUGUAUGGUGAGGAUGCUGAUGAAUACACCUGCCGAGCUGUCAACAGAGGAGGAGCUCGUACAUCUAGAGCAGAACUUAUCAUCAAAACGGCACCUCAUAUCAACGUUCCACCUCGGUUCCGAGAGCUAGCAUGUUUUGAGAAAGGAGAAAACAUUGUGUUAAAGAUCCCCUUCACUGGUUUUCCAAAACCUACCAUCAAGUGGAUGCAUGAAGGAGAGGUGAUUGAGAGUGGAGCUCAUUAUGACAUCAAAGUGAGUGAACGUCACGCCAUCUUAAUGAUCAGAGAUGUCUCCAAAGCUGACAAUGGACCAUAUCGUCUGGUGGCAGAAAAUGAAUUAGGAGUGGACUCUGCCAUCAUUAAAAUCCAGAUUAGUGACAAACCAGAUCCUCCAAGGUUCCCUGUGAUAGAAAACAUUUAUGAAGACUCUGUAACACUUUCCUGGAAGCCACCUCUGUGGGAUGGCAGCAGCAACAUCAAUAACUACCUAGUGGAAAAACGAGAAGUACCCAUGAGUAGCUGGAUUCGUUGUGGCACUUCAAGGUUCUGUAACAUGACAAUAACUGGCUUGAACUCCAGUAAAGAUUAUGAGUUUAGAGUGUAUGCUGAAAAUGUUUUUGGAAGGAGUGAUCCAAGCGAACCAACACAAUUAAUCACCACCAAAGCAUCAGGAAAACAAAAAGCAAAGAAGAAGAAUUACAUGGUUGACGCAUCUGGUAAAAAGAUUCGUGGGAAAUCUGAAGGAAGGGUUAAAAAUUAUGAUCAGUUCGUUUUUGACAUGUAUGAGAAGUACAUUCCACAGCCCGUGGAUAUCAAGACUUCAAGUGUUUAUGACUUUUAUGACAUUUUGGAAGAAAUAGGAGUUGGUGCAUUUGGUGUCGUUCAUCGAUGCCGAGAAAGGAAGACAGGAAACAUCUUUGCUGCAAAGUUCAUCCCGGUGUCCCAGCCUGCAGAGAAGGCUGUCAUCAAGAAGGAAAUUGACAUAAUGAACCAACUUCAUCAUCCCAAACUGAUUAAACUUCAUGAUGCUUUUGAAGAUGAUGAUGAAAUGGUUUUAAUUUAUGAGUUUAUGGCAGGUGACGAACUGUUCGAGAAGGUCACGGCUGACGACUACAAAAUGUCUGAGGCAGAAGUGAUCAACUACAUGCGACAGAUCUGUGAAGGGGUAAAGCACAUGCAUGAGAAAAAUAUUCUUCAUUUAGAUAUCAAGCCAGAAAACAUCAUGUGUCAGACUCGGACUGGCACAGACAUAAAACUGGUUGAUUUUGGUCUGGCCACAAAACUGGAUCCAAAUGAAAUUGUUAAAAUCUCUACUGGCACUGCUGAAUUUGCUGCUCCUGAAAUUGUAGACAGAGAACCUAUUGGUUUUUAUACGGAUAUGUGGGCAGUUGGAGUUUUAGCUUAUGUCUUGGGAUUCUCCUAUAUUAAGUUAGCUGGAGUUCUUAAUUAUUUUUAUUUCUGCAGAAAACGAAUGACCAGCCAUGAGUGUUUGGAACAUCCUUGGCUGAAGGGUGACAUCAAGGAUGCUCCAACUAUUCCAAUUCCUUCCAGAAAGUACAUGGCUCUUCGAGAUCGCAUCCGAGCAAAAUAUGGAGAUUACUGGGAUGCAUGUCUACUGCCCUUUGGUCAUAUUGCCAACUACAGUUCACUUAGAAAACUACAAAAAGAUAAAUAUAGAAUUCAAGACUUCUACAUCGACUCACGGCAAGCUGCUCCAAGGUUUGUGAUUCGACCACAGAGUACAUUUGCAUAUGAGGGUCAAGCAGCUAAGUUCUACUGCCGAGUGAUUGCUGCAGCACCUGCAACUGUUACAUGGUUCAGAGAAAAUGAAGAACUCAGGCAAAGUGUAAAGUUCAUGAAGAGGUAUGAGGAUAAUGACUUUUACUUCAUCAUUAACCGAUGUAAAAUUGAUGAUAAAGGGGAGUAUAUUAUCAAGGCUGAAAACCACUAUGGCUUUAGGGAGGAACCAGUUUUCCUUAAUGUACAGUCAAUCCCGAAAGAAAUUCCAAAAAUAAAACUUGAUGAACCUAUUAGGUCCAGUAGCAGGGAUAGUGAAUGUAAGAAUAUACAUGGUAACAUGCUAUUACAAAUUAAGUGGUUCAAAAAUGGCAAGGAACUCAGCAAGUACGACUACAGUAUAGGUUUUGCAGAUUCUGUGGUGUCUCUCGAAUUACCAUCAUGUACAGUAGAUGAUGCUGGCAAGUACACCUGCCGUGCUGUAAAUUCACUUGGAGAGGAUGAGACAACAUGUUUCAUUAUUGUUGAAGAUCGAAGAGGGCCAUCAAUAGCCCAGUCUCCGGUAGUGGUCUCUCCUGGAGCAACAACCCCACGUAUACCUACACCCACCAAAGCUCCUUUUGCAUCUUCUAUUAGUGACACUUAUAAGCGAGAUUACAAACAUGACUAUUCACAAGAUUUCAACUUUUCAACCAGUCGAACAUCAGAUUAUUCAGACAAAUACUCCUCUUCGGUGAAAAAGUCAUCUGAUUAUUCCUACUCAUCCAAAACCCAGGAUUCAUCUCAAUCUUACAGCUCAUUAAAGUCCAGUAGUAAAUCAACUACAGCUCAAUCACUAGCAGCUGCAUCAUCUAAACUCUCCGCAGAUUCAGAGUUCCUGUUGUCUCCUAAACGUGCUCAGAAGGCUUACGGAAAGAAAGAAGGCACCAGCCCUCAGCGUUCCCGGACAGCAACAAAAGAGCUGGAAAUUCCCGAAGACAAAGCUAUGACACCUCCAUCUUUCAAACAAGGACUACAAGAUUUGAAGAUUAGAGAUGGAGAACCACUUAUUCUAAAAUGUGUCAUUGUUGGAGAUCCUGAGCCUAAAGUUGAAUGGCUUCGGCAGGGCAAGGUUCUCCAUUCAUCAGAGAUCAUUGAUCUGAAGUACAAGAAUGGCGUUGCCACCCUAAUGAUUGCUGAAGCCUUCCCUGAAGAUGAAGGUGAAUACAUCUGUAAAGCAUCAAAUCCUCUGGACACCAUCUCCACCAAAUGCAAACUGACCAUUCUUCCUAUGGAAGGUGCCAAGACAACUGAUAAAAAAGGAGAAAGUAAACCUCCACGGAUCACAGAACAUCUGAAAAGUUUAAUGGUUAAAGAUGGUGAACCUGUAACUCUUCAGUGUGCAAUCAGAAGUUCCUCUAAAUUUGACGUUGUAUGGCUCCAUAAUGACAAGGAAAUCAAACCCAGUAAGGACUUUGACUACAGACAGUAUGGAGAUACAUAUCAGUUGGUAAUUAAUGAGAUUUUUCCAGAAGAUGGAGGAAUUUACACGUGUGAGGCCUUUAAUGAUGGCGGUGAAGCAUUUAGUAGUUGCACCUUAAUAGUUUUAGUUCCUAAGGAGACUCUGAAGGGUCCUGGUUUUGCCGAAUUUCCUCAGUCUGCCACUGUUAUAGAAAAUCAACCCGUUACUUUUAAGCUGAAGACAGAAAAGGAUGCACUAACAGUACGCUGGCUUAAAGAUGGAAAACUGUUCGAAGAAGAAAGUCCAAGGCAUCAGAUAACUCAAAAAGGAAAAACAUUUAUUUUACAAAUCCCAGCAGCACUGGCGACAGAUAUUGGUCAGUACACGGCUGUUGCUGUAGACAGUUCUGGAGAAUGUAGUACUACUUUCUCUCUCAAUGUCUUGGUAGAAGGAGAUCUUUGAGUCUCUCAAACUUUUCUACAGUUCAUUUAUAAGUUUUCUUCACUAAGACCCAAGAGGAAAAAGGACUUUUAAUCAUGUACCUUUUUACAGUCUUCUUCAGAAAAGCUUCAUAUGUUGUCUCUUGUUUCAUCUGCUAUUUUGAAUUGUUUUCCUUAUUAUGUAUACUAUGUAAAAACUGUUGGAGCUUUGAACAAGUAUGUGUAUUAUAAUGUACCACAUAAAAACAAGCUUUCAAUCUAUGGUAAAAGACAGAAUGAGCACAUGUAUGUUUAUGUUUCCUAUGGAUCGUAUGUCAGAUGCUCAAUUAUUGUUCUUUUUUGUUUCCCUUAAAGCCAAGAGUUAAGAUUUUGUGGCUCUUAUUUGAAUUAUUAUUAAAAGGGAAAAUUCUUUUUUAUUAACUAUUCAGUUUGAGCCAUUAUUUGUUAGUUCAAAAACACUGUAAUUAAUCUUUAUCUCUGUAUAUGUUUUGUUUAUAAGCUUGUUUCAAGCUUUGGAGUACAGUUUACUUGAAAGUUGAUCUUUGGAACUGAGUUGAAUCCUAUUUAUUUAUUUAAUACAUAAACUGUAUUUCAAGAGCUGUAUCACAUGCUUGUAGAAGCUUGUUGAAGUAAUUUAUUUCAAGAAAAUUAAUAGACAUGUUUAUGGUAAUGCAUAUAAUAAGCAAAGCAGCUAUGGUACCUGUAGUGUAUCCUUGGUCAAUGGGAAUAAAAGUGUUGAGAUUUA